AUGUUGGUUUCAGACGCGGUGCCGUCUGUGCAAGCAACUGCGAUGACCCAAUCUUAUACUUGGAGAUCAGGUAUCCCAGAUGCAUGUGUAAGCGGGACCGGCAAACAUCGCGUCGAGUGCGCUUUGGGUGUGGAUGAGGCAGGCCGUGGGCCCGUGCUUGGUCCUCUUGUGUAUGGCAUUGCAUAUUGCCCUAUGGAUAUGCAGGAACAUCUUCGAAGUAUGGGGUUUGCAGGCGUGAUCAACUACUUAAGGCUCUUUUAA